CGUUUUCCCAGUCGCCGUGAGACAGAUUGUGGAGAAUGGCUGCCAGUGGAGAUAUAGGAAAGCUGUUACAAGUACAGAAUGGGACUCCAGCAAGCACAAGCUACAAUGGGGUAGAUGCCCUACACGCCUGUAACAUUCUCCAGCAGCUUAAAGCCUUGUACGACGAAGCUCAGCUGACUGACAUUGUCGUGGAAGUGGACCAUGGCAAGACAUUCUCUUGUCACAGAAAUGUCCUCGCUGCCAUCAGCCCAUACUUCAGAUCCAUGUUCACAAGUGGCCUUACAGAGAGCAGUCAGCGGGAGGUGCGGAUUGUUGGUGUUGAAUCAGAGUCCAUGCAUUUGGUUCUGGACUAUGCUUACACCUCACGUGUCACUCUUACAGAGUCUAACGUGCAGGCACUGUUCACCGCUGCCAGCAUCUUCCAGAUCCCAGCCCUCCAAGACCAAUGUGCCCAGUUCAUGAUCAGCCGUUUGGACCCUCAGAACUGCAUUGGGGUCUUCAUGUUCGCAGAUGCUUAUGGCCACCAGGAGUUGUGGGAGCGCUCGCAGGAUUACAUCCGCAAGAAGUUCCUGUGCGUGAUGGGAGAGCAGGAGUUCCUUCAUCUGACCAAAGAACAGCUGGUCAGCAUUCUCAACAGUGAUGAUUUGAACGUGGAAAAAGAGGAGCACGUGUAUGAAAGCAUCAUGCACUGGUUGGAGUAUGACUGCUCACGUCGGGAGGCGGAUUUACCUGAGGUUUUUGCCAAAUGCAUCCGCUUGCCCCUGCUGGACGAGGCCUUUCUGAGCCGUAUACCCCCAGCCUUCGCCCUGGCCUUGUCCAGGGAUUCCUCGGAUAAGGGUCGGCUCAACGGCACCAAUGGCUGCCCACAGCGGCUGGGUAUGACUGCAUCAGAGAUGGUCAUCUGCUUCGACGCGGCUCACAAGCACUCAGGGAAGAAGCAGACCGUGCCUUGCCUGGACAUUGCUGCCGGGAAGGUGUACAAGCUGUGCAAGCCUCCCAAUGACCUCAGAGAGGUUGGCAUUUUGGUCUCAUCAGAGAAUGACAUCUUCAUUGCCGGAGGCUAUCGGCCGAGCAAUAGUGAGGUGUGCAUCGACCAUCGUGCAGAGAGUGACUUCUGGCAGUAUGAACAUGCUGGCAACAGGUGGCUCCCGCGAUCACCCAUGUUGCGGGCGCGCAUCGGCUGCAAGCUAGUACACUGCUACGGGAAACUCUACGCUCUGGGUGGUCGAGUGUAUGAAGGGGAUGGACGAAAUGCUUUGAAAUCUGUGGAGUGCUAUGAUGCCAGAGACAACUGCUGGACAGCGUUCAGUCCCAUGCCAGUGGCCAUGGAGUUCCACAGCACAGUAGAGUAUAAGGACCGCAUCUAUGUGCUGCAAGGAGAAUACUUCUUCUGUUUUGACCCCCGCAAAGACUAUUGGGGGCAUUUACCGUCUAUGAACGUUCCCCGCACUCAAGGCUUGGCGGCCCUGUACAAAAACUGCAUCUACUACAUAGCAGGCAUCUGCAGGAACCACCAGCGCACAUUUACCGUCGAGGUGUACAACAUCGAGCAGAACACCUGGUGCUGUAAAAGAGACCUCCCCUUCGACCAAGCGACCAGCCCCUACAUCAAGGUGCUUCUGCUUCAGGGCAGGUUGCAUCUGUUUGUUCGAGCCACGCAAGUCAUGGUAGAAGAACACGUGUUCCGUACCAGCCGCAAGAACUCCCUCUACCAGUAUGACGAUGAAGCCGACCAAUGGACAAAGGUCUAUGAGACGCCGGACCGCCUCUGGGACCUCGGCCGCCAUUUUGAGUGCGUGGUGGCCAAACUAUACCCUCAGUGUCUUCAGAAAGUGCUGUGAGUUUGAGGAGGGGUUAAGAUCAUAAUGCAGUGUGCUGUUUGAGACAGCUGAUUAAUGUUUUUGGAGAAGGGGAUGGUGGUACUGCUCAAUAUAUGGUGCUGUUUGUGUCCCCAACACCAGAUCUGCAGGGGAAGUCUUAAAGUGUUAAAGGUUUCAAUCAAUAAACUCGGGUGCUGUUUGAAAAAGUACAAAAAAAAAACCCGCAGUAUUUUAUGUUUGACAAUUGUGCACACAGCACCCACAGAAUCGCUUGUUUUACAGUUAGAAAAGUGAAUCAUAAGUGCAAUUAUCUUUUUUUUGUUUUUGCAGAUGUUGAGUCGUUUCUGCUCCAUCAUAUCUUUAAAGGUUUUGUUGCUGUUUUGGCUUGGGUUGUUGGCAUGCAUCGUUGGCGAACAUGUGCAGUUAAUGUUCUUAAGGACAAGCAGUAUGUCAACAGUUGAGUAAAACAAGAAAAGACUAAUAGGUGAAAAAUAAAUAUAUAAAGCUAUAAAUAUUAAUACGGGUAUGAUGAGCGUUUUUGCUCAGUUAGUGUGAAUACUGAAUUUUUAAAUGGUAAUUUCUUUCAGGUUUUCAGAUGAGUAAGUUGAUCCAUGCCACCUACAAAGAGACUUUCUGUGGUUUGCUUAAGAAUUUCGUUAGAGAAUUUUGAUUAUUAAUGGAAAGUAAUUUGUUUGCCAAGAUGCACACACAAGUUUUAAUCUUUGAUUUUUCUUUUUCCUUUUUAAGUCAACCCAUGUGCUAUAACAUCACAGCAGUUUUUAAUUUUCAUUUUAGACUCUGCUUUUAUGAUGUUUCAUUGAGCCCCAGCUACCAAAUCAAAAUCUUUAUCUUUGCAAUUUCGCAUCACCAGCCAGAUCUUUAGUGAGGUUACAAGAUUUUACUCAGUCUCCAUAUUGGAGAAGAAAAAAGGAUACCAGCUUUAUGUGUAGCUGAAAUCAAAAGUGGGCAAUUUGUUGACCGCCAAAACAGCUCAUCAGGAGAGGACAUCGAUAGGGUUGGAGAAGAGGUGGCCAAAAUGUGGAUGCCUGCAUUCCACUGUCAUUUACUGACUCCUCGUAUCUGAAACCUACUGGUGCAGUUUGAAGAAGGAUGCCUCCAAAAUGCCAAAACGUGUUCAAGGAGUCUUAGCCUGCACCCCAUGGCAGCAAUAACAGGUGUUCUGUCAUUGUUCUUUAGACAAAGUACAAUAGAAAUUUAAGUGAUGUUUUCAUGAAUAAUUCCAGAAAAAUGGCCUUUGUUUUGCUAUCAUGGGUUGGUUAACGUUCAGUGAGAUGUGUUGCUAUCAGGGAUGUUACAGUGCCUGUUCACAUGAAAAGCCCAGGCAUCAGUGAUGGAGUGAGCAAAGCCGAUAUGAAGUCUUAUAGUACAGUUUGCUUCUGCACUAAGGUGCUUUGACUUUAGGAAAGGUCAGUUUUGCAAAUGUCCAGUCCUCCUAUACUAGCGUUUCCAUGUGCUCACACAUGUCCUGCAAAUGAACACACUUUCUUUCUUUAUCUCUUUCCAUCCCCUUAUCUUCCAGUCUUGAACUAUGGAGAAGAAGAAUUGUUUUUGGUGCUGCUUUUUUGACAAUCUUGUACAGAAGAUACAGUGAUUUUACAGCCAUUUGUCAUUGCUUGACACUUCCAAAAGUUGUCAGUCUUAUAAGUUAUUAUCGCUCGACGUUUGUUUUGGUUUUCCAGCCUCAUGUUUAUUUCGUCAUGCAGGUUUCUGAUUUUGCACUACAUUAUUUCCUCCCUUGAAAGCGUCUCAGAAUACAGCGCUAUGUUUUCAGACACAGAGACUGAGGACGUGGUAAACUGCGUCUUUAAAUAGGACAGCUGAUGGCUCUUUGGUGCCUGCGAGGGCGAGCUUCAUCUGGGGCUUUGGUGAAGGGUGAGGGAUGAGAAAUUGCAUUGGCUUUGGUGCAGUUGCCGCACAUUUCACAUAUUUACACUCAGUAGCACGGGAACCAGAAAUGGACACUUCUCAGGAUUAUUGUCGAUACACAGUACUGUAUUUAAAUGGUUUGUUGUACGUGUAAUAUACUGUACCAUAUGUUUGCUGUACUUGCACAGUUUGUUUUAUU